AUGCCCCGAGCACCUCGACGAGCAGCGCACCCAACGCUCAAUGCCACGACGACCACACCGACGCGCCCAACAGCCACGAAUGCAAUCACCGCAGCAAUCCCACCUUUUAUGCUCGAAACCCCUCCACAUGCUCCAUUCGUGACCACGCCGCUACCUCCGUCGAACAACCCAGGAAACUCGAUUGUGCCCGAUGUCAACGCCCCUCGGCGCCAACAGGGCCGCACCCAACAGACUCCGACUGGGAAUGCAAAUGCCCAAAACGAGGCUCCCGAAACCUCCCAGGUGUCACACAACGCGGUGGGCUCGACUGCGUCCGAGACCGGCCAUGUAGAUGAACAGUCGUACCUCGACUCGAUCCAUCACGACGCCGAAGAUGCUAAGCAACUUAAGGGGCUGCGAGACAUCUCCGCGUUGGCUACAUGGACGCUGUCGUCUGCAAAACCAGGGUGUGCCCUGGGGCAGCUUCGGAAUCCAAGCCCGGCGCUGUUCUGGCAAAGCGAUGGUCCACAGCCACAUACCCUCACCCUGCAUUUCUUCAAGUUGGUGGCAAUCGUCAAGAUGAGGAUCUACUUGGACUUCGAGCUGGAUGAGUCAUAUACUCCAACCAAGAUGAAGUUCUUUGCCGGAAUGUCCGAGGGCAGCUUGGUCGAGUUUGGAUCCUGGGAAGUGACGGAGACCACUGAUCCAGAGACCGGCGAAACGCACAGUAGCGUCGAGGGAGUCCGGGGAUGGAUUGAUGUGCCGUUGAAAGGAGUUGGGGGCAGGGACACUCAUUCUUACGAGGAUGAAUCAGCUCUGGAUGGUCAGGUCGAGUCUACCCUCUAUCCGCUGCAAAUGGACUCGCGCGAACCUUUCGGUGGAGACGUGCUCAAAGCCAUGAUAGUACAAGUCCGCAUCUGCGAGAAUCACCAAAACGGCAAGGACACGCAUGUUCGUGGUUUCCAGGUGUUUGCCCGAGAUCAUACCAAUGCGGGAGAGGUGAGGACUAGCGGGAAGAAAGAGAAGCUGAGCCAAAAAGCGGCCGAGGGCGAACAAGAAGCGGACAAGGUCGUCGGGCUUCGGCCAGCAGACUGGAUGGGUGAAGCGGUUCUACGAUAA